CUUUUCCUUACCAAAUAUGCGUCCAGUGUCGCCUGUGCCUUUGCAAUCAGUGCCAUCCUUGAAGACGUGCGUUUGUCAGCUGUGCUCCUGUGGAUGUCACCGUUGUCCACAUCUGCUCACCAAGCCCUUUGACAAGAGUGAGAAGGCAUGCGCACUGUCAGAGUACAUGGAGAAAUACCCACUUUAUCCCAGCACUCUUCCCAGAGACUCUUUCAAGCCAAAAGCAGAAUAUGAGACGGCAAAGACAUCCAUGGAAGGCACUUCAGUGACAAAGAGAGAUUAUGUAGCUCAUGAAGUGUUGCCACAGAAACUUAAAGAACCUGAAAAGCAUGUCAAGAGUGAUGAGAGAAUGGAUUUGACCACUGUUUAUAAACAAGACUAUAACUUCUACCCUAUCUGUCAAGUACCUCCUUGCCUCCCCUGUGAGACAAGAGAAAUUUCCAGUGCCAAGAUGAACACAAAAUCCACUUAUAAGGAUGACUAUAUGCUGUGGGAUGAACCAAAGACAGAGCUGAUCAGACCAGAUCAUGGGUAUCACCCAUCAGAAGCAAAAUUUGACCACAGAACUGUUGUUCAAGAUGAGUAUUUCUUCAGGGGACCUGUUGCAACUCAAAGCUUCAAACCUCUGAAUUUGAUUCAGAAGAGCAAGGCUCCCUUUGAGAAUAUGACAGAUUAUAGAGUGAAUUACGUGCUACGUCCUCUGGAGAAACGUUACGUCCAUCAAUAUGAGAAAUACAAGCCCAGUGAGGUCCCAUUUAGUGGCCUCACUACUAACAAAAUUUCUUACAAGGGGCUGGCUGGUACACCAGCCAAAUUGGCAAAACCAUUCCAGCCAAAGUUAUUCCAUGAUCCAUUUUUCUCUUCAACUGAGUUUCAGGAAAAAUACAAACCCUGGCCACAGCCUCCUAUAUUUACCAAAGAACCUGUUGAAUAUGUUCCUCCUGUGGAGAAAAUGGACCUUCAUACCACUACUCAGUUACACUACAAGCAUCUAAAUGGCAAGCCAGCCAAGGUGUGUCUACCAUUGGCCCAGCAUAAUAUAAGUACAGAACCAUUUAACAGCUCUUCGACAAUGAAAGAAGACUAUAAACCCUGGAUGUGCAAGAGAGUAAAGCCUAUCACUCAUGCUCCUGAGCUGACUUUCCCAGCCAAACCAAUGGACUGCUUGACUACCUUUCGGACCCAUUAUCUGCCUCAACCGCUCAUGCUUACAAAAAGCUAUAAACCUCCCUGGCCAGGCCCUAGGCCUCACAUUCCACUAGAUGCAAAAACCAUCUAUGCUACCAGCUACACACCAAAGGGUGUUGUUAAAUGUUUAGCCUCUUACAAAAAUCCACCUGGAUAUAUCUUUGAGGGAACCAAUGCUGAUGGUCACAAAUUUUAUGUCCCUGUUUCUGAAGAAGAAUGUCUACAAGGUUGCCACUGAAAGAGAGAGUGGAAAAAGUUUACUGGGGAAUGGAUUCAAAGAGCAGGGUUUCUCUGAAGCAGCUACAAACAACAUCUUGAUUUUUUCGCAACCUUCUUUAAAACCAGUAAAUGAUUUUGUAUUUGGAAAGAUUUAAAAAUAAACUAAUAUGCACACACUGGCUUUUUCUGAAUCAGUUGUAUAAAUAAAAGUUUAAAAGCCAAGGA